GCUAGGGCUUUCCCAGUCCCCUGGACUCCCCAAGAAUCUGUCUCAAAGCCUCUCUGAUGCCCGGGCAGAGAAAGUACUAUGAGGGAGGCCGAGGACUCCACGCUCCGGCCAGAGACUCGGCGCUGGGAUUAGGGAUUGCCCCUCCUGAGAGGAUGCUGGGAAUCUGCAGAGGGAGACGGAAAUUCCUGGCUGCCUCUCUGACGCUUCUCUGCAUCCCAGCCAUCACCUGGAUUUACCUGUUUGCAGGGAGCUUCGAAGAUGGGAAGCCCGUGUCCCUGUCUCCGCUGGAGUCCCAGGCACACAGCCCCCGGUACACAGCCUCCAGCCAGCGGGAGCGUGAGAGCCUGGAGGUGCGCGUGCGCGAGGUGGAGGAAGAGAACCGAGCCCUCAGGCGGCAGCUCAGCCUGGCCCAGGGCCGCGCCCCUGGCCCGCGCCACGGCAACCACUCCAAGACCUACGCCGUGGAGGAGGGCACCGGGGACAGCGAGAACCUGCGCGCAGGCAUCGUGGCCGGCAACAGCUCCGAGUGCGGCCAGCAGCCGGUGGUGGAGAAGUGCGAGACCAUCCACGUUGCUAUCGUCUGCGCCGGGUACAACGCUAGCCGAGAUGUCGUCACCUUGGUCAAGUCUGUCUUGUUCCACAGGCGGAAUCCGCUGCACUUCCACCUCAUUGCCGACACCAUCGCCGAGCAGAUCUUGGCCACGCUCUUCCAGACGUGGAUGGUGCCUGCCGUGCGUGUGGACUUCUACAAUGCCGAGGAGCUCAAGUCUGAAGUGUCCUGGAUUCCCAACAAACACUACUCGGGGAUUUACGGUCUGAUGAAGCUUGUCCUGACCAAGACCCUUCCUGCCAACCUGGAGCGGGUCAUUGUCCUCGACACCGACAUCACCUUUGCCACGGACAUUGCAGAGCUCUGGGCCGUGUUCCACAAGUUCAAAGGUCAGCAGGUCCUGGGCUUGGUGGAGAACCAGAGCGAUUGGUACCUUGGAAAUCUAUGGAAGAAUCAUCGUCCUUGGCCUGCCCUUGGACGGGGCUAUAACACAGGGGUGAUCCUGCUGCUUCUGGACAAGCUGCGGAAGAUGAAAUGGGAGCAGAUGUGGAGGCUGACCGCAGAGAGGGAAUUGAUGGGCAUGCUGUCCACAUCCUUAGCUGACCAGGAUAUCUUCAAUGCUGUCAUCAAGCAAAACCCCUUCCUGGUGUACCAGCUGCCCUGCUUCUGGAACGUGCAGUUGUCCGACCACACCCGCUCUGAGCAGUGCUACAGGGACGUGUCUGAUCUGAAGGUCAUUCACUGGAACUCCCCCAAGAAGCUUCGGGUGAAGAACAAGCACGUGGAGUUUUUCCGCAACCUCUACCUGACCUUCUUGGAGUACGACGGCAACCUGCUGAGGCGGGAGCUCUUUGGCUGCCCCAGCGAGGCGGACGUCAACAGUGAAAACCUCCAGAAGCAGCUGUCGGAGCUGGACGAGGAUGACCUGUGCUACGAGUUCCGUCGGGAGCGUUUCACCGUCCACCGGACCCACCUGUACUUCCUGCACUACGAGUAUGAGCCCGCGGCGGACAACACGGACGUCACCCUGGUCGCCCAGCUCUCCAUGGACAGGCUCCAGAUGCUCGAGGCCAUCUGCAAGCACUGGGAGGGGCCCAUCAGCCUGGCCCUGAAGUCUGUCAUCCAGCUGGACCUGGCCCACACCAAGAAAGCAAUGAUCGUCCCGGCAUUCGAGACGCUGCGCUACCGGCUCUCCUUCCCCAAAUCGAAAGCAGAGCUGCUGUCAAUGCUGGACAUGGGGACCCUCUUCACCUUCAGGUACCAUGUCUGGACAAAAGGCCACGCACCUACAAACUUCGCCAAGUGGCGGACCGCCACUACGCCUUACCGGGUGGAAUGGGAGGCCGACUUCGAGCCAUACGUUGUCGUGAGACGGGACUGCCCAGAGUACGACCGGAGGUUCGUGGGCUUUGGCUGGAACAAGGUGGCCCACAUCAUGGAGCUGGACGCACAGGAAUAUGAGUUCAUCGUACUGCCCAACGCCUAUAUGAUUCACAUGCCCCACGCCCCCAGCUUCGACAUCACCAAGUUCCGCUCCAACAAGCAAUACCGCAUCUGUCUCAAAACCCUGAAGGAGGAGUUUCAGCAGGACAUGUCCCGGCGCUAUGGCUUCGCCGCCCUCAAGUAUCUCACGGCGGAGAACAACAGCUAGCAUCACGACCGCCCACCACCAGGGGAGACACACUCGCUGUUGGGGGGCUCAGCCCUCCAACUCAAAACGGGGCGCGGCUCUUUGGUGUGUUUUCAUUUGUCUCUUUGGCCCGAGAUCGGAAGGAGGUUCCAACGAGCCCCUCUGCCCCACUACCAGGAUUCCCAGAAGGUGGGAUAGCAGCCUACCACUGUUGCCUCUUCAAGAAUGGGACCUGGAGGCUUCAGAGGGAGUCAAGGGGUUGCCCCCAGACCGUAGAGCUGCACCACCCAGGCAGGUCUUUCGGAUGAGCUCUUUGCUGGUUAAUGACUGUGCUUCCCACCAUUGCUGGGAGACAGGGACCCCAGGGUGGGGGUGGGGGUGGGGUGGCUGGGGGUGAGCCGUCCCAGGGCAUAAAAGCAAAACGGUGUUUCCAUGAAGACAGGGAGCCCUUUCUGCCCUGCAGGCCAGACGUGUAACCAAGAGGAGGGCCAGUCAGUGCUGUAAACCAGCCGUUGGGAAGAUCCAAUGGGGCUGUCCCAUGUGGGGGGACCUGGAGGAGGUGGUGGUUGGCUCUAUUAUCCUCAAGGCCCCCCUGGCUUUGUUUUGAGUUGAUUCUGUUUGGGGCAUUUUGUUUCUUUCUUUCUUUCUUUCUUAAUUUCUUUUGGGUCUGGGAAUCCACCAUAGAGAAGUUGGUCCUCCACGUCCCUCUGUCAGCCGUGGCCCAGCAAGAGGGAACAGAGGAGUCUUCAGCCAGUGGGUUACCUAUGGGCAGCCUUCUUCAGGAGGGGCAUCGAAGCACCCCUCAUUAGAAACCCCCGGCGCUCCUGAAUCCAGGAGAAGCGGAACUUCUCCGGCUGACUCUGUAUGCCGGUCACCUUUCUCCUGGCAUUUGAGGGGACGGUGGCCAUGUCCCCAGAAAGGUACAACCCUCUCGGGCCUGGAGAAGAACUUACAUAAUUCCUGGGAGCCCAGGGCUGAAGAGUCACCUGCUGUUUGGAGGCCGAGGGAGGGACACGUGUGAGCCCCCGCUCUCUUCUGCCUGCUUCACUGUGGAUGGGAAGAGGUCACCGCCUCUGUCUCCCUUUGGA